AUGGCGUCCCACGAGCCUGAGCAGCACUCGGCCUCGGAGACCACAGAGACUCCAGAGGCCUCUGUGUCUUUGUCUCCUCAGAAGAACAACUACUCCGCUCAGGAGGAUCCCGAGACCGCAAUGGACCAUGCCGUGGUCGGGAAACCGUGGAUGUACAAGCCGAUGUUCAAAAUUGGCAAAUGGGAAUCACCAUGGUUCGCAUCGCCUGAGACGCAGCUGGUUCUUGUCUCAUUUGUCUGUUUCCUGUGUCCCGGUAUGUACAAUGCCGUUAGCGGUCUGGGUGGUGGCGGCCAAGUCAAUCCGACCGAUGUGAACAACUCCAACACGGCCCUGUACAGUACCUUUGCCGUCGUCGGCUUCUUCGCCGGCUCCAUCGCCAACCGAAUCGGACUCCGAUUGACCCUCUCCCUUGGUGGCUUCGGCUACUUCCUCUAUGUCGCCGCCCUUCUGUCUUACAAUAUUAACCAGAAUGCUGGUUUCCUCAUCUUUGCCGGAGCUCUGCUUGGUGUCUGCGCCGGUCUUCUCUGGUGUGCCCAGGGAGCCGUCAUGAUGAGUUAUCCGCUCGAGCAUGAAAAGGGUAAGUAUAUUGCCGUUUUCUGGGUUAUCUUUAACUUGGGUGGUGUCAUUGGUAGCUUGGUCCCGCUGGGUCAAAAUAUCCAUAGCACGGCCGGCAAAGUUAACAAUGGCACCUAUAUCGCUUUCCUGGUGUUGAUGGCAGUGGGCUUCGCCCUAUGCUGGGUUCUCGCCGAUUCCAAGUACAUCAAGCGCAAGGAUGGCUCGCGUGUCAUCGUGAUCAAGAACCCCACCUGGAAAUCCGAGUUCCUGGGCCUUUGGGAGACCAUUAUUAGCGACUCGUACAUUGUCUUCAUGUUCCCCAUGUUCCUGGCCAGUAACUGGUUCUAUGCCUACCACUUCAACUCCGUCAACCUUGCCUACUUCACGGUCCGCACUCGCGCCCUGAACAGUCUCCUCUAUUGGCUCAUGCAGAUGGUGGGUGCCUUGAUUUUCGGUCUGCUCCUGGAUAUGAAAUGUUUCUCGCGCCCAACUCGUGCCAAGAUCAACUUCGGCAUCCUCCUCGCUAUUACAGUGGGUAUUUGGGGUGGUGGCUAUGCCUUCCAGAAGACCUAUACUCGCGAGAGCAUCACACGCCUCACUGAUUGGUCGGACAGCAACUAUAUUGGCCCUAUGUUCCUCUACAUGUUCUACGGCUUCUACGAUGCUUCCUUCCAGACCUGCACCUACUGGUACAUGGGAUCCAUGUCCAACAACGCCCGCAAACUCGCCAACUUUGCCGGUUUCUAUAAGGGCAUCCAGUCUGCCGGCGCUGCCGGCAUGUGGCGCCUGGACGCCCAAAACACUGCGUUUAUGACCGAGUUCGCGUCCUGCUGGGGUCUGCUCCUUGGCAGCAUGCUCAUCGCGUCGCCCGUGAUCUUCUUCAAGAUUAAGGACAGCACCGACGUGGCACAGGAUCUGCAGUUCUCCGAUGAGACUGCUGCCGAUGUCAUGGGCGACGUGCCCCAAGACUCCUACGAGAUGGAGAAGCCCCAGUCUCCUCACCACGAGGACUCCAAGGCGACAUCCUCCUAA